AUGGAAGAUACAACAAAAUUGAAUACUUCUAAGUUGGGAACUAAGGAAUACUGGGACGAUUUCUACUCAUUAGAGAAACAAAACUUCGAGGAGAACCCUGAGGAUACUGGAGAAUGCUGGUUCGCUGAUAACGAUGCAGAGGAGAAAAUGGUCGAAUUUCUACUAGAUAACUUGGGCGAAUACAAUAUCAAAGAAGACAGCUCAAUGAUUGAUCUCGGAACUGGAAAUGGUCAUCUUUUGUUCACUCUAUUGGAGGAAGGUUUCAAAGGUGAAAUGAUCGGUGUAGAUUACUCUGAAAAAUCAGUCGAGUUUGCUGCUGAGAUUCUCAAGACUAAAUACAGCCAAAAUGAUAACGUAACUUUUGCUACGGCAGAUAUAUUCAAUGAACAAUGGGCCCCAGGUAAAUUCGAUGUCGUUCUAGAUAAAGGUACACUAGAUGCCAUCGCAUUAAGCGGUAUAAAAUUUGAAAACAAUGAAACCGUGGUAGAUGUCUAUCCGAAAGUGAUAGAGAAGAUAUUAGGCGAAAACAGUAUUCUGUUGAUUACAUCAUGCAAUUUUACAGAAGAGGAACUCAUAAAGAUUAUUGAAACAGAGACGUUGAAAAAAUGGAAAUCGGUAAACUAUCCAAUAUUUGAGUUCGGUGGUGUCAAAGGAACUACAAUAUGCAGCGUUGCCUUUCUCAAAUCUUCUGCUAAAUAA